CUAAAUAAUUCGAUAAACCCUAAUCGCCAAAACCCUGUGUUUCUCUGAACUUUCACUAGUCUCACCGUCUCUGUUAAACCCUAAACAAAAAUGUCCCUUCUCCGUAAAUUUCCCAAGAGAUUUCUCAAUCCCCAAACUGCCAUUACCACUCGCUUUACUGCCAUUACCACUCGCUUUCUCACCACCCAAAACCCCAGCCUCGACACUUUCCCAGACGUGCCCACUGUCGCUUAUUACGACGAUCUGGUUAACAAAGCUGGCCGAGAACGAGACCUGGAAGCCUUACGAUCCCUCCUCAAUAAGCGCGUGAGAGACCAUUGUUUGAACACCACCAACACGUUCAAGUUCAUAACUGAUACUGAGAGCUCGUUGUCAAUACUGGACGAUCUGACUAAAACACUGGCUCGUCUUGAUAACGGAUAUCCUCGCAAGAGCGCGUACGAUUCGCUCAUCGCACGUCUGUGUAGACUGAAAAAGAUCGACGAGGCGUUGCGCGUGGUGCAUGUAAUGGCGUCGGGAGAUUUUGGUUUAAACACGUGUACUUUUCACCCAAUACUGAGCGCGUUGACCAGGGGGAAGAGGAUGGAGAAAGCGUUGCAGGUGGUGGAGUUGAUGAAAGAGAUUAAAAUAUCGCCUGAUGUGACGGCGUACAAUUACUUGUUAACUGCUUACUGUUUCAAGGGAAAUCUAACGGCUGCAAGUGAAGUUAUGAAAAAGAUCGACGAAGAGGGAUUAGGUGCUGAUGCGCGUACGUAUGAUGCGCUGGUAUUAGGCGCGUGUCGGGCUGGAAAGGUGGAGGGUGCUUUUGUGUUGCUAAGGAGGAUGGUGGACGAUGGACAGACUGCGUUGUAUUCUACGUACUCGCAUAUUGUUAGCUCAUUGUUGAGGUUGGGCUAUUAUGCGCAGGCGGUGAAGUUCGUGAUGGUUUGCGGAAAUAAAGAUGUAAAAUUGGACACACAAAUAUAUGGGGGUUUGGCCAGUAAGCUUAUGGACUUGGACAGGAAUGACGAGGCAAUGGUUAUUUUGAUGGAAAUGAAUAAACGGGAUUUACAGAUGGGCCACAAGCUGAGAGAUUUUUACCAAAUGAAUGUUACAGAUAGUUGA